AAAAAAAAGAGGAGAGAGAGAGGGGCCUGCGCUUUAUCUUUUUGAAAACACAGGAUAUAUAUAUAUUUUUAUUUUUUUUUGUUUUCUUAUAGAUUAAACGAGGAAGCGUUGCUGGCUGGUGUAUGUGUUUAGAAUGGGACACGCUGAAGGUCCAGUCAAAGAAAAAGACAGUUAAGGAUGCAGGAGCCCAACAAUGGAUUUCUCCUUCUCUUUCAUGCAAGGGAUCAUGGGAAAUACAAUUCAGCAACCCCCUCAGCUCAUUGACUCAGCCAACAUCAGACAGGAAGGCACCUGCGACACCGGCAGUGACCCGGGCGAGGAUGGUGGACCCUCCUAUGAUGCUGCCCUGGAUGCAGAGUUUUCCUACCCGCCCUCGGCCUCGGAGGACAUGUCGCAGGUCUCCAACGGCUACCCGCCGGGUCUGGGCAUGUACGAGCCGCAGGCCAAGUUCUCCAUGUACUCGCAGUUCCCCAACGGCUCGGCUAACGGCUACGGGGCCAUACGGAGCUACGGAGAACACGGCCUCAUGCCGGGGGAGAGUACGGUCCUGAGAGGUCCGGGCCUCCAGGAGAGACCUUUGUCUCCUGUUUCUCCCCCACUCCCCACACAUCACCCGCACCUCCACCACCAUCAUCACCACCCCCAUCACCACCACCACCACGCACACCACUUCCACUCAAACCCACCUCAUAUACAAACCCACACGCACCCACACAGUCCCCCGCCGCCACCGCUUCCUUCCCAGCACCACCUGUCACAGACGCCUCACAUCAUGACCCACACUCUCCCUCCACCUCCCCCAUUACAUCUGCCUUCCUCCAGUCCCCCUCCCUCACUUGUGGACAGUACCCCCUCUUCUCAACCGUCCCACACUCCGUCCAACACUCCUGGUGGGGUGCUAAAGAAAACCAGCUCUCCAGAGAUCAAGCUGAAGAUCAUAAAGACGUAUCAGAAUGGAAAAGAGCUGUUUGAAUCUGCGCUGUGUGGAGAUCUGCUGCAGGAGCUGCAGAAGGAGUCUCAGAAGAACGAGGCCGCUCAGAUGCAGCGCAGACACGAGAGGAAGAAGGAGAAGAGGAAAAAAAGUGCGAGGCUGCAACUUCAGGUCCAGGAACAGAGCCUGGACCACAGCCAAACACAGGCAGGUACCACAGGCCAGACGGAGGACAUCCACAUCGAGCCUGAACUGAUAGAAACACCCCCAGCACAGACAGAGAAGCCUCAGAAGACCGUUAUCAAAACUGAACCAAAGACGCCAAAGGUUCCGAAGGUCCAUCAUCCAUCAGUGAUCCAAGAGACGGGCUUCUGUAAGGAGUUUGUGAUAGGAGAUCUGGUGUGGUCCAAGGUGGGCACCUACCCCUGGUGGCCCUGCAUGAUCUCCUCUGACCCGCAGAUGAAGGUCCAUACUCGUAUCAACACUAGAGGUCACAGAGAGUAUCACGUCCAGUUUUUUGGUAGUGUCGCUGAGCGAGCAUGGAUCCAUGAGAAGAGGAUAGUCAUGUACCAGGGGAAGCAACAGUUUGAUGAGCUGCAAGCGGAGACUCUGCGCAAGGCCACAAACCCUGUAGAGAAACACAAACUUCUGAAGCCUAUCCCUCAGCGGGAACGUUCUCAGUGGGAGGUGGGAGUGGGCCAUGCCGAGGACGCCUUUGUGAUGUCGCGACAGGAGCGAAUUGACAACUACACCUUCAUCUAUGUUGACCCAGACCCUACUGAAGCCCCGCCCAGCAAGAAACCCAACAUCAGAGCUGAGAAACGAAGCCGACGCUCUAGCGGUUCGAUCAGUAAGAAGGAAGACGGAGGAGUGAAAUCACCAGACAGGGAGCAGCCACCGAGGAGGCAGCUGCCACGCAGACAGUGUAGUGUUUCAAAUGCGGAUGAUAACACGAACUCCCAGGCCUCAAAUGAAGAGAAGAACCAGAGGGGGGACCAGCGUAAGGCUGGCUCCCCAAAGCAGAACGCUGGUUGUGAUGCAAGAACACGGCAAGAUUCACCGCCACCAGUCAGGGCCUGGAAGACAGCAGCCGCCAGAAAACUGCUGCCUCUCUCCAUCACUAUGAAGAGGUUGAACGUGGAGAUCACAAAGUGUGACUGGCCUCUCCUGCAGAAAAAAGCAGCUCCAUCUCCGAAAAAAGAAGAAGAGAAGGAAGAGAGAGUGGAGAGAGAGGCAAGGCAGCCCGACCUGGGAUACUGCUCCCCUGAGGACAGCAGAGCUAAACCUGAGCCGAGUCCUGAGGAGGAGGAUGAUGGGGAUGAAGGAGAGGAAGAGGGGGAGGAGAGGAGAGGCUCCCCUGCCAGUCGGAGGAGCGAAGAGGGAGGAAUGCAGCAGACCUCCUCUCCUGGCUCACCCCACAGUAGUCCACAAGGUUCUCAGGAGAGGAAGCUGCAGCGGCGGUCAGUAAGGAGCAGGUCUGAGUCAGAGAGAGGCAGCGAUCCCGUCCCUAAGAAGAAAACCAAAAAAGAACAGGCGGAAAUGGCUCCUGAGACCACACUGAGAACGGGCUCACAGAAAGGAGCCAGUGAGAUCUCUGAUGCCUGCAAGCCCCUGAAGAAGCGAAGCAGAGCGUCAACAGAUGUGGAGAUGGCUUCUUCUCAGUACAGAGACACCUCUGAUUCUGACUCUAGAGGCCUCAACGACCCCCAGGGUUUAUUCGGGAAGAGUCUUGAUAGUCCAGCAGCAGCAGAUGCAGACGCUUCAGAUACUCAGUCUGUGGACUCCGGCUUGUCCCGUCAGGACAGCAGCACCGGCAAGCGAGACACCGUCUGCCAGAUCUGUGAGGUGUAUGGAGAGGGUUUGGUGGUGUGUGAAGGUGACUGCAACAGACAGUUUCACCUGGAGUGUCUUGGUCUGACGUCCCUACCUGAAGGCAGAUUCACCUGCUUGGAAUGUAGAAAUGGCAAUCAUUCGUGUUUUAGCUGUAAAACAGCAGGCCGAGAGGUGACACGCUGCUCUGUUUCUGGAUGCGGAUGUUACUACCACGAGGACUGUGUCCGUAAACUCCCGGGGGCCAUCAGCAGUCCAGGCGGUGGCUUCACCUGUCCACAGCACAGCUGCUCUACCUGCUGCCUGGAGAGAGACCUGCAACGAGCCAGUAAAGGACGCCUGAUGCGUUGUAUCCGCUGUCCGGUGGCAUAUCACACAGGAGACAGUUGCGUGGCGGCGGGCAGCGUCGCCCUCACCCAUCACAUCAUGAUCUGCAGCAGCCACGGCAGCGCCAAGAGGAACGGCCUCCUCACCUCCCCCAUCAACGUGGGCUGGUGCUUCCUGUGUGCCAGAGGGCUGUUAGUGCAAGACCUUACUGACACCAUAUUAAGUUCAUAUGCCUAUAAGUCCCACUACCUUCUGACUGAGUCAAAUCGUGCUGAGUUGAAAUUACCUAUGAUUCCCUCUCCUUCGUCAGCUACCAAAAAGAAUGUUGGGAAAGGAGGCAAGUUGCUGUGCUGCGACUCAUGCCCGGCUUCCUUCCACCCGGAGUGUCUGGAGAUGGAGAUGCCAGAGGGGGCGUGGUCCUGCAGUGAUUGCAGGGCAGGGAAGAAACCUCACUACAAACAAAUUGUCUGGGUCAAACUGGGCAACUACAGGUGGUGGCCAGCAGAGAUCUGCAACCCACGCUUGGUGCCAUCAAACAUUCAGAGUCUUCGCCAUGAUAUCGGUGACUUUCCUGUCUUCUUCUUCGGCUCCCAUGACUACUACUGGAUCAACCAGGGCCGUGUCUUCCCCUACGUGGAGAACGACAAGAACUUUGUCACGGGUCAAAUCAAUAUAAACAAAACCUUCAAAAAAGCUCUGGAAGAAGCAGCCCGGCGGUUUCAGGAGCUUAAAGCACAGAGGGAGAGCAGGGAGGCUCUAGAGCAGGAACGCAACUCUCGCAAACCUCCACCCUACAAAUUCAUCAAGUCCAACAAACCAGUGGGGAAAGUGCAGGUGCAUGUAGCUGACUUGUCAGAAAUCCAGCGAUGCAACUGCAGACCAACAGAUGAGCAUCCUUGCAGCCUCAACUCCCAGUGUCUCAACCGCAUGCUGCAGUAUGAGUGUCAUCCACAGGUGUGUCCUGCGGGAGACAACUGUGAGAACCAGUGUUUCUCCAAGCGGUUGUAUGCAGAGACGGAAGUGGUGAAGACAGACGAACGUGGCUGGGGCCUCAGGACCAACCAGGCCCUCAAGAAGGGCGACUUCGUGACAGAGUAUGUGGGAGAGGUGAUCGACUCAGAGGAGUGCCAGCAGCGAAUCAAACGCGCCCAUGAAAAUCACGUGACAAACUUCUACAUGCUCACCCUCACGAAGGAUCGUGUGAUAGACGCUGGCCCAAAAGGAAACUCAUCUCGCUUUAUGAACCACAGCUGCAGCCCAAACUGUGAAACACAAAAGUGGACGGUAAACGGAGACGUUCGGAUCGGACUCUUCGCCCUCUGUGAUAUCGAGGCUUACACAGAGCUGACAUUCAACUACAACCUGCACUGUGUGGGCAACAGGAGAACGUCUUGUCACUGUGGAUCAGACAACUGCUCUGGUUUCCUCGGGGUGCAGCCAACGAGUGCUGUGGUGAUGGAGAAAGAGGAGAAGGCCAGGAACGCCAAGCUGAAGCCCAAGAAGCGGAAGCUGCGGCCGGAAGGCAAACACACGCACGAGUACUUCUGUUUUUGCUGUGGAGAGGGAGGCGAGCUGGUGAUGUGUGACAGAAAAGACUGUCCGAAAGCGUACCACCUGCUGUGUCUCAACCUCACCAAGCCGCCAUAUGGACGUUGGGAAUGUCCCUGGCACGACUGCAGCGUUUGCGGCGCCCCGGCCUCGUCCCUCUGUGACUUCUGCCCUCGCUCGUUCUGCCGGGAUCACGAGGCGGGGGCGCUCACGCCCUCCUCCCUCGAAGGCCGUCCCUGUUGCUCCAGUCACAACCCCGUCAGUCCCCUGGGCUCUAACUCCACCUCUAACCAGCCACGCCACUCCGCCCUGAGCCCCGUCAGGGUCAAAGAGGAGCCAGAGAUGGAGCCGGGCCAGCCGGCUUCAGAGUGACGCCGCAGUUCCCCUCAAUACCUCAUUCCCUGUAAAAUGCGCUCCUGUUGGCCUCCUGGGCUCCGAUCCACCUCUGAUCUGAAGCAGCGCACUAAGAAAAGGGAAUACAGUGCUUUUUGACCAGUACGACGGCCCCUGUUCAGAGACACAUCGAUGCUGUUUGUGGCGAGGGCAGAGCGACUGCAGCAUUGGCAGGGGAAGCGUCCAGGCAUCAUUGUGUACCUGUUUUCCCUCCUCUCUUACCAUGAAACACCACCAGGAACACUCUCUACAACUCACCUGUGGCCCAUCGGAGGGGCCCAGAAAACCACCUCAUUAUGUUUCUUAUUUUUGUUAUUUUUUUACAGCUGUGCAAAAUUUUAAGUGUUGUCACAUCGUCCGUUACCGGCACUUUGAAGAACAUGACAAGUGAGGUGGAGGGAGAGGUAAGAGAGUAGAGGAAGAAGAGGAGGAGGAGAGUUGAGCUGAACCUCUCCAUCACCAUGCUGCUCCCCUCCUCGUUUACCUGCUGUAAGCUGUGGUCGGCAUCUCACACACAGGAUGGCUGUACGGAGACGAGCCAGCCCUUUUCUCCUCCUCUGCGGCCAAUCAUCACUCCCGAUGUGAUCUGUCAUCGUAUUUAUCUCUUCUUCUUCUUCGCGGAGGAAAAGACGGAGGGGGGGGUGACUGAUUUUGUGCAAUUGUUUUCAGGACCACACUACAUUCCAACCUUCCUUAGACAUGGUUUUAAUAUACUUAUGGGUAUAGAUGAAUAUAAUUAUAUACAGUAUCUAUGUUUGUUAAUGUUUACAGACAGAUUCUCUCACUUCAUCUUGGUGAGUGGUGUAUUAUGUUUGUUUGUUUAGGUGUUAAGCAUUACGCAGACCUCCUUGUGAAAAUAGUCCUAUUAAGGUGAAAUAUAAUGGUAUAUAGUGUAAUGGUAUGACAUUACAGAAGUACUUGUGAUUUUCAUAUUGCCAGUCUCACUCGCCAUUGUGUAUAUAAUUGGCUCAUACUAUUGUAAAGUACUUAAAGAUCAGGAGGGCCUCGCCUCUCUGGUUGUUCCUGGAAGAAGGAAAAUGCUUUUUUAAACAACAUGACAGAUCCUUUUUAUUUUCUUUUUUCGAUAAAGUUUUGUUCCCACAUUUCCUCCAAGCAGUUACUGUUAUUUGUAUUGUAGAUGGAGGGGCGCAGCUUGUGAUCACUGGUGCUGUCUUAAAGUAUUGUUAAUCAGCCUUAAGUUCGGUUCUGGCUGUAGGAAUUACUGCCCAGAUGCAGUUCAUUUCAGUAACGUUGUGUACUGUGACCGCUUUGAUGCUUCUUUUGUUUCAGUUUUUUUGUUUUUUUCCUGUUUUUUUCUUUUUUUGUUUUUUGCCAAACUUUCUGAAAAGCACUUUUACACAGCUUGUCGCUACACAAUUUAGCUAGGUCAUACAUAUACAGAAAUGUAUAUAAAAAGAACAUAAGACAAGUGUUUCAAAAUGGAUACCUCUUCUUCUUGUAGUAACGUCGGAAUUUAAACUGUGUUGUAACUUUUUUUCCUCUCGGUCAGAAAUGUGGAGAGUGCUGGGCAUGGUUGGGUGUUUUUUUUUUUUUUCAGGAAAGUGGCCUAAAUGCUGUUUUUUAUUUUAUUUUAUUUUUUGGCACAAGUAGGAAUGACUGCCAGCCCGGUUUGUACAAAAAAAAAAAAGGUCCUCUGUGUCAUUGAGAGACACUCUUUGACUUGCCACCUGGAGAACAUCCUUAAGGCUGGGCUUUAUAUAAAGACGUAAUGGUAUAACAACAGUCCAGUUCAGUAUAAUGUACAAAUACAAACUUCUGUACAGUGUUUUUAAUCGCUCAUCUGUCAAAUCAAAAUUUUUUGUAUUUAUUGCACCACAUUUUAUACCAAUUUCUUUUUCAAACACCAGUGCAGUAAUUUGUCUCCCCCACAGUGUAAGUGAAAUAGACGAUUUAAAAAAAAACACGGGGAGUUUUAUGUAACUAGUCAUUGCAUUUUUUUACAUUUGGUGUAAUGAUUCCACAUUCAGUAACAGCCGCUGCUCAUCGACCUGUAUCGUGACUCACUGUAAUUGGUGUUAAAAGCAGUGUGAAGCAGUUCAAUAUUGGAAUGUAAAGUUUCAGUUUCGGAGAAGUUUUUGAUGUUUUUCCUUUUUAAGCCUGGACUCAAGUGAUCAUCACAACAGGAAGUUUAUCUGUCUCAGCCUUUUGCUUGUGAUUCUCCCAUGAUACCCCUGUUUGUUUGUGUUGUCCGCCCUUAAGAGAUGUUUUUUUUUUUUAAGUCCAAUCUGUGUUUAAAAUCGAGCCACAGGGUCAAACAGUGUCAGUGUUUUGAAAUCAUUUCAGUUAAUUUUUAGGGUCUCUCUGUAAAUCAUGAAGAAAAAAAGACUGAAAAAAGAAGGGGAGCCAUUGAAUGCAAAAAUCAUCACACACAUUUAAAAAGUGCUGAAAAUAACGACGUCUCCCACUUCAGUGAUACUUCCCUUCUUAGCACAUGUGCACUGGAGGUUUACUGUCUCCACAUCACUUUUUUAAGUUGAAUAUUGAGCACGCUAAUUUGCGCUCUCACAAAAUUAAUUGAUGUUCUAAAUGUAUGCACUCAACAUACAUACUACAGGCACUUUACUGGAUGAAGAACACAGAAAAGCUGCUUCUUUUACCGUGUUCGUUAUGCUAGUAAAUGCCUGAUUCACAUUCAAUCUAACUUUUCUGCAUUCAGCUGCCCUUCUCAUCUUUUCUUUCUGUAAUCGACCCUUUUAGGAAGACUUUUUCCUGAAAAAAGACAGAACUUUCUGAUUUCCUUGUUCCCAAAUUUGCCAAACACAUUUCUCUCGAGUAGUUUUUUGUAGGAAAUAGGCCACAUCAGUACUUGUUCAAUAUCAGGUAGGUGCAUCAUUAAGGCACUUUUACUUACAUACUUACAACGGUCUGCUUGUCUAAACUUGAAUUUUUCUUUAUUUUUUUAUUUAUUGAUGUGUUUUUUUGUUUUUGUUUUUAACACAGGAUUCAUAUGUAUGUGAUUGUCAGACCGUAGGCAUCCUUGACUUUUGUGUUUGUGGCUUCAGAGGAAAAAAAAUCUGACUGAUGACUUUGAUGAUUAUAUAACUGGUCUUACAGCCUUUCUUGUUUCCUUUCAGCUGAAAUGCAUGCUUCCAACAUCAGACACUGGUUCAAUCCACUUGUGUAUUCAGUUGAAGUAGAGUCUUUAAAUGCCUGAUUUUAAUGCCGAUCUUUUUUCUUUGUGUUCUUUUCCUUUUUUUUUACCACAUUGCACAGAGAUUGUGCAAAACCGAGCAGCCUUUAUAUGUUUGCACCUGCAGAUCGCAUGAUCAUAAGUUACUUUGUGCCAGUCUGUCCUCUCCUGCCCUUCUCUGCUGAUACAGCAGCAGUAUUACGUAUGCCUAAUUUAAGUGUCCCAGCGUACAUCAUUUCAGUUAGUUAAAAUAUGAUCUGAUGUGUAUGUUUAUUCCCAUUGUAGUGCUCAUAUUUUGUUUUGAAGAGACAGCAUGUUUGUUCUCAGUUAAGUGACCCUUAAAUACGCCAGAGGAAGAUUUUUCAGUGUCCAGGAAUUUGCUUAUUAUUAAUAUUUUUCAUUUACACUUACAUUUAGGAUGGACCACCCCCCUUGUUUGUCAAAGGGUAUGUUUCAGUUCACUGUGAUGUCUUUUUGUUUUUGUGCAAUGUUGCCGACUGUUUUUUAAUUGACAUGCUGUCAGAGGAGAAAUAGUGUUGGAAUAAAUAAAUAAAUCCACCAUCAUAAGCACUCAUCAUCUUUUUUUACUUGUAGUAAAAACUUACUUACAGUAACUAACUGGGGUCAUAUCUAUCUCUCUUGGUGUUGCUUCAAUUAAAACGUGGAUGAACACAAAAUACCAUGUUGAUUACUGUUCAACCUGUGUUACUGCAUAUUGUUGAAGAACUUGUAAAUAGUUUGCAUUGAACUUGCAUAGACUCAUGUUACUGUGGCGUGCUCUUUUUGCCUGUACAAUUCUGCUUCUAAAUGUGUGUGACUGUUGAGACGACACUCUUUUUGUACAUGACUGUCUUUUUAUUUGAGAAUAUUGAUUCUGUCCUUUUUCAUUCUAAAGUUGAGUUUGAAGAGUUCAGACAUGCCUGAAGUUUGACUUUAAUAAAGCUGUACUCUGUCUCAGUGAAA